AUGCACUGGGUGUUUCCGCAUCCUUCUUCUGCAAACCAUGAUUCACUUUCUAAACCUUCAUCAACCACCUCCCCCAAUAUCACUGACCAUGCCGAACAUUUUCAACUCAAUUCCUCCUUUUCUUCUAGAGAGUCUGAGCGCUUCAACUUAGAACCGCAGCACUCAUCAGCAUGUUCAUCAUCAUCUACUGUUGAUGGACCUUAUCGCCCCUUUUCGGAUUUAGCCAAGUCAAUUCAUCCAAUUCUCGAGAUUGACUUCGAACAGAACACUCGUGUCCCACUCUUCAAUAUGCUAAUAGCCUGCGCUGAAGCCGUUGAGGAAAAUAACUUGCAUCUUGCAGAAAUUAUCCUCUCGCAGAUCCUGGUCAACUCUAAAGCCAGGGCAACACAGAGUAUGGCAGCCUUAUUUGCUGAGGCCAUGUCCUCUAGAGUUUACAGGCUCUACCCCCAAUAUUUUGACUAUAGCUAUUUGAAUGAUAUCCAGAGGUACUUCUACAAAGAAUGGUCUUAUGUCAAAGCGGCUCACCUAACAGCUAAUCGAGAAAUCUUUGAAACCUUUGCCGGAAAAAAGCAUAUCCACGUUAUCGACUUUUUCAUUAAUCAUGGGACACAGUGGUCUGAUUUGAUGCAAGAUUUGGCAGCUAGGCCUGGUGGACCACCCACUAUUCGCAUAUCAGGAAUUGGAUUUCCGAAUCAUGAUAACUCGGAUUAUUUGAAAUCAGUAGGUUGGAAGUUGGCUCAGUUAGCAGAGACAUUGAAUAUUGACUUUGAGUAUAGAGGUUUUCUGGCUUAUAAUUUAGCUGAUCUUGAUGCUGCCAUGCUUGAACUGAGGACUCAUGAGGCAAUUGCUGUUAACGCGGUCUUUGCGCUGCAUAAAUUGUUGGCAAGACCAGGUGAUAUUCACAAGUUGCUAUCAAUGGUGAAACAUAUAGAACCUGAAAUUUUCACCAUAAUUGAGCAAGAAUCCGACAACAAUGAUCAGGGCUUCUCGUACCGUUUCAAUGAAUGCAUAAAUUAUUUCUCGUUUCUACUUGAAUCAUCGGAGGGAUCAACAAAUUGUCUAGAUACCUAUAUAUUUUUGCGGAAUCAGAUUCAUAAUAUUGUGGUAUGCGAAGGAGAGUACAGAGUUGAGAGAUAUGAGAAGCUGACUCGGUGGCGAACCCGCCUGGAGGCUGCUGGGUUUGUGCUGAUUCAUCUCGGGUCAAACGUGGGUGAGUAUGCAAGCUUCUUGUCGUCUCAACCUGCUACUAGAAAUAUGUUGCAGGCUUCUAGCAAGUGUACGAUAGAGGAGAACAAUGGGUGUUGGAUGUUGGGCUGGCGUACUCGCCCACUGAUUGCCAUCUCAGCUUGGCGAGCAGACAACAGGAUUUUGAUUUCUGAUGAGGACGGAGCUUUGCAAAAGCUAGAGAGAAUGUAA